UUACUUUGUCCCCAAUUUCUUCCGCCUCAAAAACGCGGUAACACAGAAACAAAACUCUUCAAUCUUUCAUACAUCCCCAUCCGGCCAUCCCCCAGCAGUUUAGGCUUUAGACACCCAACAUCUCCCCUCAAAAUAUGGAAACGAAAGCUUCCCAUCGAGAAGAUCUAUCAUCAGCACAAGCAGUAUUGAUGGGAGCUUUAGCUCCUGGGGUCAAUGGUCCCACUUGGAAUACACUAAAGAUUGCAUUUUUGAUGCUGGGUGUAAGUCUGGUUGCUAUGCUAGGCUUAGCAUUCUCCUCUAGUGACUCUACAUUGACCCUCCAUGUUGCUGUUUUUGUUUUUCUGACUGGAACCCUUUUCUUUCUUUUAAGCAGCUUUCUUGCACAGACUGGUCUGGUUUCAGUGGAGCAUCAAAUGCAAGAAAUAGGUUUGGCACCCAAAAGUUUUGGGGAUGUUAAAAAUGAUAAGAGUAAUUGACAUCCAAAUAAAAAAUAUUUACAAGUGAUACAUGUAUGAUUUCUGAAAAGAGAAACCCCUAAAUGGCUAACUGGCAUCUGCAAGGAGGUAGGAGGAGGAAGGGGAAAGACCAAGCAUCCUUGGUCAAUCAUUGCUUCUGUGCUGAUCUUCAUUUACGAUGGAGAAGUGUCAGU